CACUCAGCUGACUGCAAACACACCGUGCUCAUCACUCUCGGCACGUACUUGUUGAUCUUCGGACCAAAAAAAAAAAGAUCGCACCGCGGGAUGCUGAGGAACCAGCCGGAGGUUCGGCUGUAGAUCUCGCUGGAGACUGGUGUGACAUGUCGGAGGCAGAGGAGGGGGAGUUGGACUGGGUUGGACCCUGGCUGCAGUAAAACCGUUAACCUCCUUGAUAUAUAUUUUUUCCUUGUGAUUCGUCCGCACCAGCCGUUUGAAUGUUCGCAGUGAGACAUCACCAUGAUCGGAAACAGGAGCCGCCCAUAGCCCCUGAUGUUUACUUGCUCCCCCAUCUGAAGGUCAUGAUGGAGAAGUCCCUGGCAGAGUUCAACAAAGCCAGCUCUCGGUCAACGACGUCGCUCCCACCAGAACCGGUGGACAUCAUCAGAAGCAAGACAUGUUUCCGCAGAGUCCGGCUGAAUGUGGGCGGCCUCCCCCACGAGGUCCUGUGGCGAACGCUAGACCGACUACCGCGAACGCGUUUAGGGAAGCUGAGAGAUUGCAACACCCAUGAAUCUCUGAUGGAGGUCUGCGACGACUACAACCUGGAGGAGAACGAGUACUUCUUUGACAGGCACCCGGGGGCUUUCACAUCCAUCCUCAACUUCUAUCGCACCGGGAAGCUGCACAUGAUGGAGGAGAUGUGCGCCUUGUCCUUCAGUCAGGAGCUGGACUACUGGGGAAUUGACGAGAUCUACCUGGAGUCGUGUUGUCAGGCGAGGUACCACCAGAAGAAGGAACAAAUGAACGAGGAGCUCAAAAGAGAAGCCGAUAACUUGAAAGACAGAGAGGGGGAAGAGUUUGACAACACCUGCUGCGCUGAGAAACGGAAGAAACUUUGGGACCUUCUGGAAAAACCCAGCUCAUCUGUUGCUGCCAAGAUCUUGGCCAUUAUCUCCAUCCUCUUCAUCGUGUUAUCCACCAUCGCCUUGUCUCUGAACACGCUCCCUGAGCUGCAGGACACGGAUGAAUUUGGCCAGUCCACAGACAACCCCCAACUGGCCCAUGUGGAGGCUGUUUGUAUCGCCUGGUUCACCAUGGAGUACCUGCUGCGUUUCCUCUCCUCUCCCAACAAGUGGAAGUUCUUCAAGGGCCCUUUAAACGUCAUUGACCUGCUGGCCAUCCUGCCCUACUAUGUCACGAUCUUUCUGACGGAAUCUAACAAGAGUGUGUUGCAGUUCCAGAACGUCCGGCGUGUGGUGCAGAUUUUCCGAAUCAUGCGAAUUCUCCGUAUACUCAAGCUUGCCCGUCACUCCACGGGACUUCAGUCCCUGGGGUUUACUCUCCGAAGAAGCUACAAUGAGCUCGGCCUGCUCAUUCUUUUUCUCGCCAUGGGCAUCAUGAUAUUCUCUAGUCUGGUGUUUUUCGCGGAGAAGGAUGAGGAAGAUACAAAAUUUAAAAGCAUUCCAGCCUCUUUUUGGUGGGCCACUAUUACGAUGACAACAGUGGGGUACGGGGAUAUUUAUCCAAAGACGCUCCUCGGUAAAAUAGUGGGGGGGCUAUGUUGCAUAGCCGGCGUUCUGGUCAUCGCGCUACCUAUACCGAUUAUUGUAAAUAACUUUUCAGAAUUCUACAAAGAACAAAAAAGGCAAGAAAAAGCACUUAAACGAAGAGAAGCACUGGAGAGAGCCAAAAGGAAUGGCAGCAUCGUCUCAAUGAACUUGAAAGAGGCAUUCGCUCGCAGUGCUGAGCUCAUGGACGUAGUGGUCGAGAAAAGCGAGCGACCACAUGACAACCACCUCUCUCCCAACCGCUGGAAAUGGACGCCCAAGAGGGCAACAUCAGAGACAAGCUCAAAUCGAUCCUUCAUAGCACAUGACACUGGCUCCCCAAACAAGGGCCGGAAUGCCAGUCCGCACAGGCUGAAUGUCCAGAAGUUGGAGGAGAUGUACAACCAAAUGGCCAAGACACAGUCACAACCAAACCUCAAUGCGAAGGAGAGAGGCUCUAAGGUCGGAAAACAAAGGAAUGAGAUAGAAAUGGAUGCGAUACAAGAUCACAGAGCGCCUGCGCUUCGGACCCGAGAAGCUGGAGACAUGAAGAGUUUGUCGAGCAUUGACAGCUACAUCAGCUGUGCCACAGACUUCCAAGAGAAUCCAAACUUUUCCCAUAGUCCUGCCAUUAACCCCAGCCAUACAGACACAGGGACGAAAACAGGCCAACCAAGCACAGAGCAUAAUAAGAGCCUACCGCCACUGUCGAAGAAUCUAUCAGAAAACGCCAGAAAAUUCUUAUUUUCAGGCAACUCUUCGAAAGCUUUUUUCUCUAAGGAAAGGGAUCCAGGGCCAUCCCCACUCUCAGACAGCUCAGUCCUCUCUGACCAUUCCCUCUUGAGCCCAGCGAUUUCUGCAUACACAACUGCCAGCAGCAAGACACCAACCAAGUCGCCAGACAGCACUGCCUUAGCACCAUCUGUCUUCACAUUCCACGACUCCUCCAUCAGCAAAUAUAUCGACGCCGAUACUGAUGACGAUGAGCACCUACGCGACAUCUCUGAGGUCAGUCCAUCGGAGUGCCUGCUGUCAGGGUCCAGCCCCAAACGCAACAUAAACAUCAACUACCAGAGAGGGGCCAACCAUUUUGAGACAGCUCAGAAAAUGCUGGGACAGAACUGUUUAUUCCCCCUCGAAGGGAUGUGUGCGAUGGCGCACGAAAACCAUAUAGGACCAGAAGCGUCGCGCAGACCAAAGGGAGAGCGGAGGCAACAAAAUACUUUGGACAAAGGCCUUUGAGACACAAAGGCAUGUGCAAACCAGAACCCAGGGGUGUGUUUGGUCGCGAACACACUCACACAAAAGACUCCAGUGAAGCCAGAAGAGAGACCAAAAUCUGUCAUGAUAUCCUGAGCCUGUCUCUGGGCCAGAAGCUGAGUCGGAAGCUGAUGGUUGAACACUCUGGAGGAGAAACAUUUACGAAUUUCUGAAUGUCACUGCCCCUUCUACGGCCACAACACCGUGGCACUACCUAUGUGGCUGCAGACGACCGACCGAGAGUAAUACUCUUGGACUGAUAGGUACAGAACCAAACAAAAAACUGCCCAAGCUCCCACAUCUGAGACCCGUUUGCAGUCUUGGAGAGAGGACCUAAAAGCCUAUACUUACUUGUGCCCUCCACUAUCCUCAACCUGGCCUUAGUCAUUCACAUUUGUACAAGUGUGCAUGUCUGCAUGUGUGCGUGCAUGUGUGGGAAUGUUGGCGAGCGAGAGGCUGAUAACUCAAUGACUGACACGUUUCCGAUUGUCUUAUAUUGUCCCCCAUAUUUUUAUAUGGAAAAGAGAGAAAGUUCGGUUUAGGGACACUCGCAAAAUCCACCCUGCCAUCAUCACACUAUGAGUUAGGUGCUCUUGAGUUGGCCUGGUGAUCGAGGAGCACAGGGCCGACAGCCAGUCAGACUAUAGGUGCAGUUUUUGUGCUGACGUAUUUGGUAAAGAAUGAUACCGGUUACGGUAAGCACAUUUCAGAUCUGUUUAGCCAGGAUGGCAUGGACAUCCCAGAAUGGUUAUGCAAUGGAACACGCUUGUGUAGCUGGCUUCUGACAACACAAUCUCACUACCAAGGUGUCAAAUAGCAGCUACUUUCAGGUGAACAUUUUGAAGUCAAGAUUCAACGUUGUAUGUUGACACAUAGGUGUUUCGGUGGAUUAAAACGUUUCCCCUCUGGUGUGACAUGCCAAAGUCACUCUAAAACUAUAGAACCAAAUGUGGCUAUUUCCUUCCGGCACAUGAUUAUUUGUGAUGUCAAACAUAACAAGUGGUUGUCCAGAGAGAAAGAAGCGCCAACCUGUGCUACGCAUAUGCUACGCCACGGAAGGCCUAAUGCAUCAACAUGCACAUGCACCUCGCUCUGCGACACAAAAGUCCACUUGCAAAUAGUGGUCAUGUGAUGCCUUGGGAGUGAGAAUGUGCUGCCUCUGACAGCGUUGAGGGGCUAUAGAUUAUUUAGAUGAUCUUAUAAUGAGAGGUUUUGCUCAUUACUUGCCCAGUGAUCUGGACUCUCGCCAGUGAACCGGCCUGUGGUCGGGAAUCUCAGCGAAUCAAAGGCGCCCAUCGCUCAAUUAUUCAUCACAAGGAAAACUGAUACGGUUUGAUUCAAGUUGCUCCUUUAUUAAGAGGUGCACAUCAGCAAAACGUCGACGCCACAAAAGCGAGGCCAAAAUUAUUGUUCAUGUUUUAUUAUGAUUUUGUUUUGUAUUUAAAGCAACAUUCUGCCUCUGAGUGUUGGCUGAGACGCCACCGGUCCGAUGAUGUCACAGACAAACUAAUCGUCCGUUGAAUCAUUUGUUGAAAAAAAAUAUUGGCAGAUAUGAUACAUGAAAGUGCUUUAACAGCUCCCCUUUAGAGAGAAAGAAGCUCAGUCAUCUGCCGGACACUCAGUGUUAAGCUUCUGUUGUGGUUUAAGAAGCACCUCCGCCAAGACCUGUCUGAGGGCUCACACUGUAGCCCAGCGUGGGAGCAUCUCUACAAUUCGCAAAUUCUCUGAACGUGAAAGUGUUAUAGCUAAAAGGAGCCGUGCUACAAAGAGACAUAUAAGGUUGUUUCAUCAUAGAAGCAGCCAAAGCUCAUUUUGUUUCAUGGUUUAAAGUUGAGCAGAAGUGAUCCACGACUGACCAACGUCUGGAAAAAAAAUUGAUAAAUAGCCUUCAAAGACGUAAGCGACAGUGGAGGAACUGUUGGCAUGAUGAGUUUCCAUAGCGACAGCAGCUACCUUAUUCACAAGUUGCUAAAUGGGACGGGCAGCGUCUGCAUGUCACUUGUACUCUCACCAGUCACAUAUAGAAGGCACCGCUAUACAUGUCGGCUUAUUUUAUCCUCACUGUGCAUAUUCAUGAGUACUAACCGCAGCGUAAUUAAUCCGUGUGCAACAUGUGAACGUGCACUCAAUGUAGCAGCCGAGGAAAAUCGCAGAAAAGUCACUCACCUGGCUCUAAGGUACGCAGGGAAUGCAGAUUAUUUAAAGAAAAACCUUUAAUGUACAUAGACUUUCUAUUCAACUGUGUCAUGGUGUGAUGUUAACUCGAGAAGCACAGUUCACAGAUGAAAACAAGUGAGAUAUACGCUUGAUAUUUUGGCACAAAUACACAUUUUGUAAUGGACUUUGUUGUACAAAUAUGAUGACUGGCUAUUCAGAGAUGGUUAAUAUGAAUGGACAUUCAUAGCGCAGGCAUGAAACCAUCAGGCCAAGACAAAAAAAACAGAGUUUAAACCAGAAUACACAUUUGAUUCAACCUUUUAAAACUCUCUUUAAACAUGGGCUGACAUAAGGAAUUCAAUUGUCGCAGUGCGUUAUGGGACUUGUAUUAUGAGUGGUUGGAGUUAUUUUCACGACCACAUUAUGAUCUUGUCUUGAGUCACAAUGUUGCAUCAUCAACUCAUCAAAGUACUGAAUUGUUUUUCUAGGAGGCAACGGCAGUGAUGCAGUACAGAACAUUUAUCAGAAACUCAUACUUGAAAAAUAACAGUAUAAUCAAGUAUUGCUUAAGAAAAUAUAUCAAAUAUUUGAAUAUAUUUUACAACCUAAAUCGCUAUAUCGAAAGACUGUUAUUUCUUCAGAAAAUUAUGUUUGUUAAAAGAUCAUUUAUUUUUUGGGCAGCUGUUAAAAAAUGGAAUGGAUUGUAUUUCAAUUUAAAUUAUUUAAGAAUAAAACAAUUACUAAUGACAGAUAACAACGCAAAGUUAAGCUCCUUAACAAAAAUAUAUAGUUUUUAUACCGAGUUUGAGUGAAUGUUUGGACCGAGCCGAAGAACCCGAAAUUAUUCGCGACAAUAUGACGUCAUGAUUUGUAUUCAUCGCAUAGCUGUUUUGGCGAAGUACUGCACCAUCUGGCAAGUUUUUAGUCCACAUUUGGAUGUAGUCUGAACUAUUUUUUUGGGAGGUGGGAUCAUCAUGAAAUUACAACAGACGUUUCCUGAAAAACCAAACAACGUAUUUUGUGUUGAAACGAAUCGGUUGAGCAACUGAGAACCCAUGAACGCACCAUCAUCAGGAAUUUAGGGAAUUAAUAUUGUAGAAAAUGGAGAACAACAGCUUAAGGCAUUUUAAUAAACCUCAAAUUUUAUAGGCAUUUUAUUUUUUACAAAAAGUAAAGCCAUUAUUAAAUUAUUUAUUUUAUUUAUUAUUCAUUUUUUUCAACAUUAUCUGCCUGUAAAACAUGUUUACUCAUAUCUAUAAAAAAAAGUUGAAUUAACUCCUUUUGAUGAUUUAUAUCAACAAACAAAUUGAAAAAUAGAAUUAUGAUUAAACAAAUAAAAGGAUCUUACUCAAAAUAUUCACAUCUGAAAUACUAUAUUUUUCUUUUCAAAUCUAUUUUUCCUCAUUGAACACAGAAUCGAAAUACAGGACAACUGGCGUCUAUCCUGAAAACCGAUCCACACAGCGUUCCACAAGCUUCGCUCAUCUCAAGUGCUUUCAUCUCAGUUGAUUCAUUGACCGGAAGAUGAAGGGAAUUUGCACAACCUGCCGUGAAGCGUCCGCUGUCGGGUCAGCUUGUCUCCUCCAUGGCGGUAGUCAGGGACCAUCGUGAAACAAGAAUUAUGACAAUCAAUAUUACACCGACGUAAGAAGCACCAGGGGAAAAAGGUCCAGGCUACAUGUGUUGUGGAGUAGGAAUUCUUUUUUAAUUCACUUGAUAGACUAAGAUACUGUGACAACACAUUUAUUUCCAUUGAUAAAGUGACAUUUUCCAUCGCCCUCUGAAGCGCCGGUAUUUUUUUUUUCAGCUCCCUCUCAUGACUGACUUAAAGUGGAUAAAUAUAAUAGCACACCAACUGAAACUCCCAACUGUACAGUACAUCCGGCAAAUUCUACUACACAACUAGGAUUCGUUGAUAGCUGCUAUAGAUUUUGGAAAAAAACCCCAUUUUUUUUAUUAGAAAUCCUUAGAGAAAGAUCACUGUAACACAGGGUUGGGGUCCAUUCGGGGGAUGUGUAAGACAAAAUAUUAUUCAAAUAGUAUUGGAGAAGGAGAUGGGGAAAACAUAUUUGAAUUUAAACCCAUUUACUUUUUUUUUUAUUUUCCACUAGUUAAGCUUUCAGUGGAAUUGACCCCAACCUUGCCUAAGCCAUCGGUCUUUGUCAAGUACACCAGGGAAUUGAAAAAAAAAAAAAGUAGAUAUUUGGAAGACCUUAGCCAGCUCUUAUACAAUGUUGUUUGUAGGUCAUGAGGCUGUCUGUUUUGUAAAAAAGACAAUUUUUACCCGUUGACUUUCUAUGCCGUCGUUUCUGUAUAAAUGUUUUGUUGUUCGGUGCAUGUUGUAAAUUUGGCGUCGUGGCUGGUUGUGACUCUCACAGGGCCAGUUCUUGUCAUGUAAGAAAAAGUCUAUGUCCUGAGUUCUUUCUAUUUCUUAAUAAAAAAAAAAGAAAGAUUCCCUUGUAUGACUCAAAACGAAAUA